UACGGCAGUACGCUUGCUUGCUGCUCACUAGCUCUUUCCUCUUGUCUGUGCACAGUCUGGAUUUAAUGCUCGACGCAGGAAGCCAUAGGUCUCCCUUAGAACUGCGAUAACUUGGCCUUCCUUGGUGCCCAACGAACAGCCACAAUCGGGCCUUUUUCUGAGUUUCUUUGGUCCGGCGAGGUGCUUGCUGCUCUAGCUGGCUAACAGUAUGGCAAUGAUAAAGAGAUGCCUUUGCAAAUCGGAGGAAGACUUCAAAGGUAACGGUCAAACAAUUACUUCAACCAAGAUACUGUUAGCCAGCUAGAGCAGCGAGCACCUCGUCAGUUAGAGCAGGCCAAAGGUCCGGCGAGGACUGUUAAAGAAAACCAACAUCCACCUUUUUUCCUAUAAAGAGAUCAGAAGAGCAACCAAUAACUUCAACCAUGGCAACAAGCUAGGCAGAGGUGGUUUCGGAACUGUAUACAAGGGAACCUUCGGAGACGGCACUGCAUUUGCUGCCAAAAUUCUAUCCUGUGAAUCUGAGCAAGGGAUCAAGGAAUUCCUGACAGAGAUCGAAAGCAUCAGCGAGGCCAAGCAUGCGAACCUCGUCAGCUUGCUGGGCUGCUGUGUCCAGAAGCAAAAUAGGAUCCUGGUCUACGAGUUCGCGGAGAACAACAGCCUCGAUCAUGCACUGAAAGGUGGUUAGUCCCACCCAACCCAGUUCAGAGUUUCAGACUUCACACCACCUGUAUAUCGGAACGCAGGCUCUCCACUCGUACAUACUCCCUCUGUAAACUAAUAUAAAAGUGUUUAGCGAGCGGAGCAGCCAUCGGACAUCUGUAUGGGCACGGCCAAGGGGCUGAGCUACCUCCACGAGGAGCACGAGCCCAACAUCGUGCACAGGAACAUCAAGGCAAGCAACGUCCUCCUCGGCAGAAACCACAGCCCCAAAAUCGGGGACUUCGGCUUGGCGAAGCUGUUCCCGGACAACGUCACCCAUGUCACCACGCGCGUGGUCGGGACGACUGGAGACCUGGCGCCUGAAUACGUGGUGCACGGGCAGCUGACCAAGAAGGCCGAUGUCUACAGCUUCGGCGUCCUCCUCCUCGAGGUCAUCAGCGGCCGGAGGGUCUCGGAGACGAUUCGAUCGGAUACAUUCCUCGUGAGACAGGCAUGGCUGCUCUACGAGCAGGGAAGGCCGCUGGACAUCGUGGACGCGAGUGUCAAGGACUACCCGGAGGCAGAGGUGCUCAGAUACGUCAAGGUAGACCUGGCGUGCACGCAGGCGGCGCCCGACGGGAGGCCCGCGAUGCGGCAGGUGGUGAAGAUGCUGUCGCGGCCCGCCGCGUUCCGCGAGCUGGAGAUGCACUUGGCCGACCAUGAUUCCUCCGCUGCCCUCACACGUCCUGGCUUGAGCUUGUCGCCUCUUUCCUCCAUGGCAACAAGUAGUACGAAUUCCGCCUCGGCCACUUACAGUGAAACCGUACCCAGGUAGAUGGAUUGGUUUUUGAAACAAGACCAUGCUCUAAAAACACUAUUUUAUUCAGAGCAUUAGGAAUGUUUUUCCUACACGGAAUUUUGCACAUACUCCUAUGUAUAACAUUCAACAAUGUUUGUUGUCUUUAUUAAAAAACAAUGCUUGUUGUAAAAUUAAUCAGAAUAUCUUUUUUUGUUUA